CUCAAAUCGGGUUAGAUUUGCCCAGCCGCUUCCACCACCUAUAUCGAUACGAAGAGUCCCAGGUUCCUGAACCACCCAGCACGUGGAUCUCGACAACAUGUCACCGCGCUAGCAAAUGUGGCUGAAGGCUAAUGCGAGCUCUACGCUAACCGUCGGAUGAUCCGAUCGGGUCGAUGAUGUGCAAGAUCGUUGCAUAAGAAGCAGAGAGGGGCCCUUCCUGGGCAUCGGAUCUGGCUAUCUCCUGGAGGUCUCUAACUCUUGUCACUCGCUUCUGGGAACGGAGAGAUGAAGAUACCAGUGGUUCAAGCAGUGCUCUUCAAUGCCUUUGGUGCACUCUCGCUGUGGGCUUCCGCUGGUUAUGCCCAACAGCAGGAUCAGCUCCGGAUCGCUCUGAAACUCAGUCCGGAAGCGCAUCAGAAACAACAAGCCGACCCCAACUUCAUCACAACUCUAUUUCAGAGAACGGAACCUCAAGAGUUUUCCGCGGCUCCUCAGGUCACAGUCAAUCCACUCAUCGGAGCGCAGCGCUCGGCCAACAUUUCCGCCAGGUUUGCGCUUGCUGGCAAGCGGGAUGCUGCGCCCAACUUCGACGUUUGGUAUCAGGUUCAACUUGGAUCCGGGUCGGCUGAGAAGACUCGACGCGGCGCUCAGGCUCAGAAUGCCACGGCCGAAGCCGCCAUGCCGCAGCACAUUGUUGACUUGAUCCGCGAGCUCAUCCAACAACGUGAGGUCGAGAGCGCUCACCCACUUUUAGCCGCCCCGCCCCCUUCGCUUGGAGCCAGGGCGGUUGAUGCCCUCGAUGAUCCGCGCAGCCCAAAUCAGGGGUACCUGAACCCGGCCCCACAGGGCAUCGAUGCGCGCUACGGCUGGGCUUUCCCUGGCGGUGAUGGUACUGGUGUGAACAUUGUGGACAUGGAGCAGGGUUGGAACCUCAAUCAUGAGGACUUGGUAGCCGCUGGCAUUACCAUGAUUUCCGGCUGGAAUAAGGACAGGUAUGGAUUUGCGCACGGCACCUCGGUUAUGGGCGAAAUGCUCAUGGCGGACAACCAGAUGGGCGGCGUCGGCAUUGUGCCCGGUGCCAAGGGCAGGGUCAUCUCGCAGUGGCGUGACGAAUAUUAUGCCAACACGCCAGAUGCCAUCCUCGACGCCGCUGCCCACAUGAGCUUUGGAGACAUUCUGCUGCUCGAAGCACAAGAAUUGGACCCGACGGGCGAAUUCGGUUACAUGCCUGUCGAGGUCUUCGAUGCCACCUUUGAAGCCAUCCGGGUUGCGACGUCUCUCGGAAUUAUUGUCGUGGAGGCCGGCGCAAACGGCUACCGGGACCUCGACGCGUACGUAAGCAUCUCGGGGAAGAGCAUUUUCAACCGCUCCAGCCCUGAUUACCGCGAGUCUGGCGCCAUCAUGGUGGGCGGUGGCACUGCUGGGGUCCCCCAUUACCGCUGGUAUGCUUCCAGCCACGGUUCGCGGAUUGAUGUCCAUGCCUGGGCUGAGUACGUCGACACGGCGGACUCGGAUUGGUAUGGUACCGAGAACACCUUGUAUACCUGCUGUUUCGGCGGCACAUCCGGCGCAUCCCCUAUCAUUGUCGGCGCCGCAGCAAUCCUCCAGGGCAUCUCCUUCGCAACCCGGGGCGUCAAGAUCGGUCCCUUGGAGAUGCGCGACAUGCUCAAGAUCAACGGAACUCCGAGCGGCGACCCUGCCUCUGACCGCAUCGGCGUCAUGCCCAAUCUCAAGGGCAUCAUCGACACCGUCUUCCACAACAACACCGGCGGUGGACAACCCGACAUCUACAUCCGCGACUAUGUCGGCGACACGGGCGACGCCACAUCCGGCGGCGUGUCCUCCAGCCCAGACAUCAUCGUCCGCCAGCAGCCCAUCGCCAACCCGGACGCCGCCCUCGGCUCCGGCAGCGGCACCGAGAGCAACCCUGCCCUCUCGCAACCCGUCGUCUCCGGCCAAGACCACUCGAUCUACGUCCGCAUCCAGAACCGCGGCACUGGCGCCGCCUCCUCCGCCAACGUCACCGUCCACUGGUCCGAGCCCGCUACCCUGGUAACCCCCAACCUCUGGACCGAGAUCGGCACCGUGAGCCUCCCGGCCAUCCCGACCGGCAACACCCUCACCGUCUCCCCGCGCCUGGCCUGGCCCGCCGACAAAGUCCCGGCGUCAGGCCACUACUGCUUCGUCGCGCUGGCGGGUACAGACCGCGACCCGACCCCAACCGUGCCCAACACCUUCCCGGACUUUGUCAAGUUCGUCAGCGAGAACAAUAACGCCGCCUGGCGCAACUUCAACGUCAUCCCGCCUGCGGCUGGCGGCGGGUGGCACAAGCUGCCCGUGACGGUGCCUGGCGCGUUUGACAGCGCCAGGGAGUUUGUCCUGAAGACGGUGGGUAACUUGCCGCAGCAUGCCAAGGUCAGGUUGCACGUACCCAAGGAGUUUGCGCAGCGCAUGGGCAUCAAGGGGUGCAAUAAGGGGGAUAAGGUUGUCGUGGCGUUGAAGCCUGGGGAGACGGUGCAGGUCGGCGUGGGCGUGCUGGAGGCAGGCAGCUUCGCGAAGUUGGAGCUGCAGGUGCAAACGCAUGGGGCGGAGGAGGGAUCUGAGUUUGCGCUAGUGCAGGAGUGGAUUGGGGCGUUCGAGGCGGUUGAGGUUGGGAGGGUAACGUGGCGGUUUGGGCAGGUUGCGGAACUGUAAGCGGGGGACGUGGAAAGGGGUAAUGGGGAGGUGGAUGAGGUUGGGCUUGGAUAGACUGAUUACAUAGAGAGGGGAUCCCGCGCUCUGGAGUACCUGUUGAUAUGGUUUUGGUUUAGUUCGGCAGCGUCUUAUGUCGCGAUAACAAGGAACAUCAUCGAC